AUGGACAGCUUGAUUACAAAGUAUUGGACCUUAAAGAGCUUGGACGUUAUGUUGUUCAUUCCCCGGUGGAUAAUGAACUUUUGGAGAAGUGGAAAUCCGCACUUGAUAAACAAAUUCGUCUGUUUGGAUAUGUAGGCACUAUGAUUCGUCCGAAAAUGUAUCAUGUUCUACGUUUAACGGAUG